AUGUCAUCGAACUCAAACACACUUGAGAUUCACAAUCUCAAGCAGGUACUUUUAUAUUUUAUAACAUCCGAAGAGAUUCGGUUAUUUCUUAUGGUGAAUCAUAAAUGUCAAGAAACUGUAGUUAUAACAAAAACUAAUCCGUUACUAAAAGAUAUCUCCUCUCUCUUUUGGUUUUUUAAAUACUUUUCUCCAGAAACGUUCGACAACAACUUUUCUGAGAUCGACUCAAUCGAUUUUUUCACAAAAACGAAAACGAUCCAAAACGUUGAUUUUUCUUCAGUAAAAAACGUUUUGUUUGAUCAAAACUUUGCGACUGUCGUUUUCCCAAAAAUUUUGAGACUUCGCCUCUCCAAAACGACAAAACAAAAAACAGAUUUCAUCAUCAAAAACGCACACCUUUUCACGUCACUCAAAUCUUUACGGGGAGAUCUGAAAAGUCUUGUCAAUUUUUUGAAAGUUUUCACACAAAACGAAAAUGCCGGUGUUAAUCCGCUCCCAAAAAUCAUCGUUGUUGAGACUAUUGACUAUACCUCAAAAAAACAUCCAUGGGAAAUUUUGCUCCAAAAAUUGGUUAUAUACUUGCCAAAAACUCAAAACAUUUCCGUCCACGUCAUCUUACCAAAAAACGAGACAAAAAUCAAAGACUUCCCAAAAAACCUCAAAGUGACUUUUUGGCAACAAAAUGUGACACAAAAAAAUUCAGAAAUUUUCGAAAAACAUUUUUUAUGCGAAAGUGGAAAAAUUAAUGUUAUUGGCACCAUUGACGGGAAUGACAUUAAUGACGUCAUCAAAAAGGCAUAUCCCAAAACUAUAGUGUAUUCUAAUAACGAAGUUACGGGAAAAAACACUUGGGACGUCCCAGAUUGUGUCAAAAAGUUCGAAAUGGAAGACUGCAUGUUUCUUCAACCACAACAACUCAACUUUAAUUUGGGGCGUUUAAAAGAACUCGAAAUGCAAGAUUGUUGCAAUCUCAUCUUCUCCCAUUCAAUCGAAAAUAUUGAGACUCUGAAAAUGACAAAUUGUGAUUGCGUAACUUUUGCACUGAGUUGUGGGAUGAACAGUCUGAAAUUUUUUAAAAUCGAAAACUCAAAUAAAAUCAAGGUUGAGUGCACUUUAACUCAAAUCGCACAACUUCUCCUUUUCGUUUGUACUGAAAUUAAACUAUUACAUAUUAAUAAUAAUACCAUGAAUGAAUUAAUUCUAAUAAACACAAACUCCGUGUCACUUCCUUUCUGUAAAUUCCUCAACAAAUCAAUUUUUAUUGAAUCCUCUCAAAAUCUCUGUUUUGGGAAAAACGAAAAUCCGUCCAACCGAAAUGGCGUUUCGGCGGAUUUGUUUAAGGAAAUGUGUUCGAGGUGUUACAAACACCCGCCACGGCGUGUUGUUAAGAAUGAAAGUCAAAGCCGUUUUGAGAUGAGUGAUUUUUUUUCAAUCUCCGAGAAAGUGUCUGUCAAUGGUGGAACGAUAACACGCUUAAGCAAAGAAAAUGGAGGGAAUUUUGACACAAUUAUCAGCCGACUCUUUAGUGGCGAUGACAAACGACCUUUUCUUGUUUACAACGGACAAAACACCAAGGAAAUUGAGAACGUCAGAUAUUUUGAGCUUCACACUAAUGUAAGUUACAACGUGACUGUCGGGCUCUUUGACGAAGAAAAGUACAACGUCUACGACAAUUCACAGAUCGGUGAAUUGGAAGGGAGCUUUGGAUAUCACGUUCCUUCCGGGAUUGUAUUGAAAGAAGGGCAUAAGCACUUCUUGCCAAAUAACUUCACGGCCCCACCAAAUAUGGAAUGUGUUGUUGGGUGUGGUUUUGAUUUUCUUGAUCAAAAAGUGUUUUUCACGCUCAACGGAGUUCUCAUCGAGGAGAUUGCGACCGAAGUUUGUUACACAUCCGCCGUUGUGUCGUUUGGGUAUUUUGAGUGUGUGUAUAUCAAUUAUGGCGAAACUCCAUUUGUUUUUAAGGAGUUUGAAAAACUAUUUGUAAAUCAAUAA